CAAUUUUGCAACACCCCAAGCAUAAACUCAUCCUUGUCGAUGGCUCAAGCGGCGGCGAUCGACACCUUUUCCUUGGACGAUGGAGGCUGCGAGGAUUUGGAUGCGGAAGUGUCCAUCAAGUCACCUCGGUCAGGACAGCGGCAGUUGACGUUUUCGGUCGACCUGUUGGAGAAGCAAGAGCAUAUUCAUGAAGUCGUUCCUUUACAACGGACUUGUCUGACACGUGCAUGUGUAUAGAGCGUGUAUGUCCCUCCCGAAGCAGGGGACCUGCGUGUCUUUGGCGUCAUGCGCAUCGUCCAUGGUUGCAUUGCACAUGGCGGCCAUCUCGCACCCAACUUGUACGCGCCGCGCGAGAUAUGGGCACUCGACCGCGUGCGACUCGUUGGGCUCGACCACAAGCUUCGGCUCUUGGAGGUGUGCGCCACCCAGUUUAAGAUCCUCGAGGCCAUGCCGGCGCCCAACUCUACCGACAACCAAUCGAUCUUCGACCACGCCCUGCACAACAUCACGUUGUCGCUGGCCGAGUCCAAAGCCGACCUCGUCCGCCCCUUUCCCAACCUCGUGCCCGAGUCCCACCCAAGUGUUCAUGAACCGACCAAGAUCGAACGAGACAUUGUCAACGCCGUGGGCAACAACACAAUGGGCAAAUUGACCAGCCUCGCGUUUGGGUUUGGUCGGACACUGCGGAAACAAGCCGUGGCGGUCGUGGAGCGCGCCAACUCGGCGCAGUUUGAGACCAUUUCCAAGGACGCGUUGGGUCGAUACGCGGGCCUCCUGAGUGCUUUUUUCGACCAAGUGCAGUUUCUAGCCAUUUGGCUCGACCCCUCGUACGCCCCACCCCUGGGUUUAGCAGCCUCGUUCUCUGAGGAGGAGCUAGUUCGACAUCGAGCCAUUGGACACACGUUGGAGGCAACUGCCCGCCGUGAGAUCGUCCUGGGUCUGGCGCACUUCUUGGAAGAGAUUCUGGUCGAGUUGGUCCUGCGAGACGUCCAGAGUCUUCUCUUGAGCUACUUGCAGCGCCUUUCGCAUGCGUUGGGGGCGUUCUCAAUCGAUUCCGCCAUCACGACACGACCCCAUCGCGCCCAAACGACGUAGAAAUGUGAGAUGAGCCACUUUAACCUUUAAACACGAUACUGUAUCGGUCUCGACCGUUCAAUUUUCA